ACCCGAUUGCAUAGGGGAGUUGGCCUGAAGUAUCACAUGAAGUUUGGUGCGUCUCCGACGGAGCGUGUCUGAGUAGGACGACUCCAUUCGUGAGCCCUAUUCAUUCUCUAUGGGAAAAGAACGACAGAAUGGUUGUGUCGAUCCAAAAGCUUGUAUACUUGACCAGUGGAAAUGUGGUGAAGUGUUCCUGAGCAAAACUCCAUUCAUUUGAACGGGGCCAAAAAUCAAUGGAAGCCGGUGGAGGGAAAAAAGGAUGCGGGAAAACUAAGGAAAAGAUGAGUGCAGGUCUCUGAUGAGGGGAUGGAUAUGUGCGGAGACUUGACCUGAGGCAUCAUGCGAAGUUUCUUGACGUUUGGUCGCUCUGUUCAAAAAUUUGAUGGAGAGUGAAAGCUUUUUUCUGAAACUCCGUUCAUUUUCAAUGGAGCCAAAAAUGAAUGGAAGUGAAUGGAUGAAAAGUGGGGCAAGAAAAGAAAAAACGAGUGCGGGUCAGAACCAAAUGUGUCUGGGGAGUUGGCCUGAGGUAUGGCAUGAGGUUUGGUGUGUCUGCGAUGAAGCGUGUCCGAGCAGGACGAUUCAAUUCUUGAGCCCUACUCAUUCUCUAUGGGGAAAAAAAAAUGAGAGAACAGGUGCGUCAAUCCAAAAGCUGGAUACAAGCACGCUAGACCGCUUCAUGACGGACGUUUCCGAGUUGGAAUGGUGUUGGUAUCUCAAAAGAGGAGGAGUAGCAGCUCCAAAAAACAUAGGAGUAGCAGCAGCUCCAUGUAGGAGGAGUAGCAGCUCCAAAAAACGGGUGUACAGGAAUAAAUAAAUAAAGUAAACUUAAGCACACGAACAAGCCGUUUUUAAUUGGAGGUAUUGUAUUUAAAAACGCAAGAUUUGACGGCGGUAGACUGAUCUAAAUGCAGGAGGUGUGUUUAUUAGCGGGUGUGAUAUUUGCAAAAGCAAAGCAGAAUCAUCAAGCAGAAUAUUUAACAGUCUUAUAAACAUGGCUAGAAACAAACAUGACAGUGAUAAUACUUCACAAAGCCUCUGUGAAAACAGCGUCCGUAUCUCAAGUGCGCAAAGGCGUGAUAGUCAAUUGUUCACCUGCUAUGUGACCACAACUUUUAGCUCACAUGUAUAUCACCACCAAAAUGCCUCAUUUUCAUCGAUAGUCCAUCACAAAGCAUCACGAGGUGUAGUGUGACCGUAGCGUCAUGAGGUGGAUGUGACGUCGGCUGCAACCCAGAAAUUGUACCUUAUUACAAGUAAAAAUUAGCUUCAACUUGGGGAAUUUGCUGCCCACGAGAUGGUGCUUCGCGGCCCAGUGGUUGAGAAACACUGGUCUAGACAGACACGUAGUCACAUGGUGGGCAGGGAUAGAAUGCGGAAUCGCGGACCCAAAACAUCCGGGUUUUUCCGGUCAUGUGCCGCGAGAUCUCAGACAGGCUCCGUUGUUCAGGCCAAAUUACAAAUGGGUUAAGUACAUGAAUAUACCGAGGUAGGGUUAGAGUUAAACGGUUUUUCUGGUCAUGUGAUGCAAGAUGUCGGGAUGUCUCGUUCAAAAGGGUGACUGGAAAAACAAGAUCUAACUUGGGUCUGCUGUUCUGCAGUAGCUCUGGUGGGCAGGGGAGAGUUGCAGCCUGGAGAUGUGGGUCUUCAGUCUGCGCUUGAAGGUGGUCGGGGAGUCAGCAGUUCUGACCUCAGUGGGCAGGGCAUUCUGCCAACAGGGAACCAGUCUUGAGCAGGCUGGACAAUGAGCGGGGAGGAGGAUGGGCCAGGCGACCAGUAGUCGUGGAGUGUAGGGAUCUAGCAGACUCUGGAGGUAUGCUGGCUUUAACCCCUUGACAACGUGGUACGCUUGCACCGGUGUCUGAAAUUUGAUGUGAGCUAUGACAGGCAGCCAGGGCAGGUCAGGAAGCAGAGGGGUGACCUUUUGGUUCUCUUUGUUAACAUUUUUCUUGACAGCCGGGAGACGGUAAUACCUUUUUUCCAUUUCCUGAUCUGAACGACCAAACAGCGCAAAAAUGAACCAUAUUGAAGACAGAUGAAGCCGUGCUUAUAUGAAAGACCGUGCCUGUUUGACCCCCAGGUGAAAUUAUCACGUGAUGCAUGACGACAUGCGCAAGGGGUCUAUUGUCCAGACGCUUCUCGUGUCCCUUUGUUGGAGUUGUAACUCGAGUUUGCUCCACACACUCAGCGCGCACAGCGCCCCCUGCUGCUCGCACACGAAAAUACUCAGAGCACACAGCGCCCCCUGGUGCUCACACACGGGAACACACUCAGAGCACACCACGGCCCCUUUACGUUGGUCCAUGUUUCCGGAAACAAGCUCUGCCUUAUAGGCAGCGGUGUGCGACCUCAGAGCGUCACGGAAGGUUUUAUUUCCCCAUGGCUUCUGAUUGGGAAACAUCCUGAUGGUGGUUUUGUGAGCUGUAUCAUCUGCUAGUUUCCCAAUAAAUCCCACAGCUGCUUCCGUAAACAUGUCGAUGUCAUCAGAGCUGUGCUGGAACACGUCCCAGUCUGUGUCAUCCAAGGCAUCCUGAUCGGUCCAUCCAGCGAGUGACCCCCCUCGCAACCGGGACUUCCUGUUUCAGUCUUUCUUUGUAAACAAGAGUGAGGAACCAUAGCAACCGCAUCAUGCUGAUAAAACAUGAUUCAGGCUCGGACAGAGUAUCUGCGGGGGAAAGCCCGUGCGGCGCUCGAGCACCCAACAGGAUGGAGGAAAGAGGGAGAGACGUGCAGAGAGACUUGCGAGAGCGAGCAUAUCAACCUGUUUCCUCUGGAGGACUGGUCAAAGAAACAAGGCAAUCCCGAGUACCUCCGUGAGAAGAAAGAGGAGAAGGAGAAACAGGAGCGUGCUAUGGGUCUGUUGGUGUCUCUUGGCCCCGCCCCUGGCACCGAAGCCACGCCUUGGUAUCUGAAGUCGAGCGAGAGAGAGAAAGACAAGGGCAAAAGGACCUUCACUGAGGAGGAGAGAGAGAAGAAAGACCAGAAGUUAAAGGACAGGCUGGACCCGAUGAAUGACAUCAACAAAGCUCUGGGAGUGACUGAAAGGAGAGAGAAAAAAAAGGAGAAGAAGAGAGAGAAACGGGAGAAGACGAGCGGAAAGAGAUCGAUGGAGCAACUGCGUGCAGAGCGACUACAGAGGGAGGCGGUGGAGAGGAAACGCGCUCAGGCCCUACUGGACCAGUGGCACGGAGUGGGCAAAGCCGCAGAGGAACAGAAAGAGACGGAUGAUAGAGAGAGACCGUACAACAGCGCAUACUUUCCUGAACUCGCACGCAAGAGACGGAGAAGAGACAGAGACGUGCAUGACUUCCUGCAUUCAAACUCCUAGACGCGUUUGCAUCAUGUUUUGGAGCUCCGCCUCCACCUGAACACCUCACAGGCUUUAUUCUCGAAAGCUCAGUAUGACAUCCUCAAUGUGGCGAGGUCAUCAAAAAAGUCACGCCCAAACAACUGUCCAUGUCCCUGUAUCUCAUCAUUGUACAGUCUGUGGGAAAUAAAGAUUAUUGCUGAUAUUCUUUUCUUGAGCAUUAGUAAAGUCAUACGCAGUAAUGCACAGUCGCGUCUGAAGUCAUGGCAUGAGCUGAUCUUGCUUUGUGUCGUAAAAACAUUAGGUUUGAAUUACCAACCCUGAAGAUAACCGCUGACUUGGACUCGACUGCUAUAAUAUUUACUACUGUAAAUGUUUUAAGUAUGUUUUUCCAGCAUAACAUAGAAUGGUCAAAUAAAAAAAAAAAAAAAAGGCUUAUGUUUCACUUUUCUAUCCCUUACUGUUUGCACUAUUUUUAAAACUGAAUUUUAUUUAAUGGUUUGAUGUUUCAUUGUUGGACACAUUACUCUAAUUAGUUCUUUUUUUUUUUUUUUUUAUAAUGUCCAAAAAAUAGUUAAAAUAUCCAAUUCAACAAAUCAUUUCAAGUUUCAAAAUGUUUGUUUUUUGUCCUGCCUUUUAUCAAAAUUCAUGUUAAAAAUUUCCCCAAAACAAGAGGUGAUGAAAAGCCCUUUUACCAAGCAAACUCUCAAUUCCUUUGCACGCUAGAUUAUUAAUAUUAUUCCACAUUUUUUUUUUUUGUCCAUGUCGAUGAUGGUUGCAAAAUUCCAUGAAAAACAUGCUACAAAAACAAACCCUUUUAAUCUUUGCUUUAUAUUGUUUUGUAUUCUAUGGACACUCAUGAUUUGCUGGGAAAUGCGCCACUCGUAUUUUGCAUCCAAGUUCCAUCCGGGACACAGACAACCAAAGCCGUGACAAAAAUCUCAAUAUCUCACUUGUGAGGAAAUUGAUGACUUGUUUUGAUAAAUUCGUGUACUUUGUUUGUGAAUGU